AAAUAACAAUGAAAAUGUCUUACCUUCAACUACAGGGGGUAUUUGAAAACAUAGGAUAAAUAAAACACUUCGUGUGUUUCAAACCCACAAUAUUUGAUACAAUUUAUUCUAGCACACCUGGGACAAUUACACACUGAACUUGAAGAAAAAAAUUGUCUACAAUGAAAUAAAAAAUUCCCUGAAUCCUUGCAAAUUACUCAAUCAUUAAUGUUUGCAACACUCGCUAUAAACAAUUAAGUGUCCCUUAUUAAGUCUUACUUGUGAUCGCGACUAUAAACCAACUAUUUACAUGCACAUUCAGUAAUGUACUCGUAUGUAUGUGUGUAAUCUUAAUCUUCAUUUGAGAGAGAAAUAAUGAUUUGAAAUUGUGUUCGUAUUUUAUGACUCUGGCGCUGGAUUUAAAUUCACUUCCUUUCACAUUUAAUUGCGACAAUAUCGACAAGUGUCACCUCUCUACACAUACACACAUAAGUACAUAUGUACAUUAAAAAACAUAUUAGUGUAUUAUUGUUUUUACAAAUACACAUAUUGUGAGACACAUUAAUAUUAAGUUCAUGUAUGUACAAGCACUUACCCGUUAGCAUACAAAUCAUCAACUCGUAAUUGAAUAAUAGUAUACCUGCAUGAUUCGUGGCUCGUUAAUGAAAACGUAAACAAUGUUUGAACCCUAAUUAAAGAGUGCGUUCAGUUCAAUUAAGUUUCAUUAAAUAUACAUAUGAAAAGAAUAUGAUUGAAACGAACAUCUGAAAUCAAUGUCAACUUACGACGGCAAUUGCAAAUUUUAUAUAAAAAUGUUACUUGUUUCAAUAACAACCAAACAAUGUAAUUAUUUUUAACAAUUUCUAUUUGGCGAAGCGCGUAUGAAAUGUUUGUUUGUACAUAUUGCAGACAUACAUGCAUAGAUUCAUUUAUCUAUGUAUUUACAAAUAUUUGAUCAUAACUAGAAUUAUUUAGAGAGAAUGUCGUCGUCAUCAACGUCGCAUUUAUGAAACCAAAAGUAGUUGUAAUUGGCUACCUGUUCCGUGUGUCUGACUAGAAUCUAUUGAAAUAUUGAUAAUUACUUGUACCGUUUAAUUGCUUCAUAAAUAUCUUGUGUUCAGCGGAAAAGUGAGCCAUCCGUCGAUGUGCAAGUGAUGUUUAAUCGUUCCUUCGCCUGAUACUAUCUUGUACUUAAUGUUUGUGUAUUUAUGUGCAUAAAAAGUGCAAGUACAAUAAACGGAUAAAUCAAUUUACCUAUAGUCUGGUCAGGCUAUCUAAAUAAAUACUUAUGUAUGUACUUGACUCACUGAACGAUGAGAAUUUAGACGGGCUGUCGACUAAACAUAAGAAAGUCUGACUUUUUGUUAAAUGACACGGACUAAGGCUUAUAAAAUGUGCAAUGGGAAAAUAAUGAAAACUAAAGACAGACACGUUCUAUUUUACAAUUUGAAAAGCGAAUGAGAUCUAUAAAAGCUGAGCGCACACGAAAAAGGACAUCAGUCACUAGCUGGUGUUUCACAUCAUAACAUCUAAGACACAACUCGAAAAUUAUUUCGAUAUAUUGGAAUACUCUUUUAAACUUAAAAGAAAAUGCAUCGCUCAACCAUCUUGCUCUUCCUUAUGGCCACUUUGAUGAUCGACAUGUCAAACGGAUUGUACAUUAAAAGCACCACUGAAAAUCAAAGUUCCAAAACUCAAAACAAUAAAGAUGAAUGGAGUGUUUUUAAACAAAAACUCGGAUUAACCAAUCAAAAAGUUGAACUAUUAAAGUCUCAAAAGGACCAACAGGGCACUAUGGAGUUAUUGAAUAAAUUUAUAGAAGAAAAUCCCAAAUACAAUGAAAAUAAAGACACAGGCGAGGAAAACACAAACCAGGAAGCUUCAAAUAAUUUUCUACAAAUUUAUCACAAUCUGUUAAAACAGUUAAAACUCUCACGCAGCACAUUGAAGACUUCGCUCAAUUUUGAAUUGGCUGAUAAGUCACAAAAGAAUCUUAAACGUUCCCGCCGUAAGAUUGCAGUUAAAAUGGUUUCCGAUAUGCCAACUGAAAAAAUCGAUGAUUUACUCAAAAUGUUUAAUGAAAAACAUGGCAUUAAUAACCAGGACAAUGGCGACGAUGAUGAUGAUGCUGAUGGCGAUGCCCCAGAAGGUAAUGGCGACUACAGCGAUUUUCCCAUGAUCCUACCCUCAGCUAUGGAUCCCGAUUAUAUGUAUGAAAAUCUUUACGAAGACGAAGAAGAUUUAGCUGUCCCAGCCAAAUCACAUCACAAUUCUCAAUAUGGAUCUUUGCAAGAUUUAAUACUACAGGCCAGUCGCAAUCAGUGGCAGCGUGAAGUCGAAGAAACCAAGUUGCGCAAUCGCAAUAAUGAGCAUUUCAUUUAAAUUUUAAAUGUUUGUUUUUCAUUUCACGAAGUAAUCAUGUGCAAUAUUUUCUUUAUAUUACUCAAACACAACUGAUCAUUAUUUGUCAUAUGGAACGUGUAACACGUUGAUCGCUGUUAUUAACAAAAACUGUCCUAUACACUUUGUGUUUGAUUAUUAUCGCAGUCCCAAUUUAGAAUAUACUAUCUAAUGUUUCGCUAGAUCGAAUCAUUUGUUUAGUUAUAAUACAUUCACUCAUAUAUUUAUGCAAAUACUAUAUAUGUUCAAAUUUACGCAACACAAAAACCUCAAUAAUUAUAUCUUUUUUUAUGUAAACAUAUAGGUAAUUUUAGUUUAUUUAUUAUUUAAUAUCAUUAACCUACUUAUUUAGAUUUAAUAUGUGAAUUCACCAAAUAUUUAUAUUAUAUAUUUAAUUAAAUAGUUCA